AUGUGGUACUCUUCAAUCGCGGCGGUGCUUGUUGGAGCCCUGGCUUGGGUUGCCCAGGCGCAGGAUGACAUGCGACGCAUAUCGCUACGAACACACACGCUCGAACAGCCUUACCUCGACUCGGAUAUGCAGAGCCGUUGGUUCGACUUUGGCGGCGACACGAUUGUGCGCACCGAUUCCUACGUUCGACUUACCUCGGACCGCCCCUCUCAGAGCGGCUGGCUCUUCUCGCGCGUGCCGCUGACGGCCACCAACUGGGAGGUCGAGGUCGAGUUCAAAAUUUCGGGCAAGAAUCAGCUGUUUGGCGACGGCUUCGCUAUGUGGGUGACGCGCCAGCGCGGCGAGAUGGGUCCCAUCUUUGGCAGCAGCGACAAGUUUGACGGGCUGGGCGUGUUUUUCGACACGUAUAAGAACAACCGACCCGGCGUCGUGUUCCCCUACGUCAUGGCGAUGCACAGCGAUGGCAGCAAAUUCUACGACAAGAACAACGACGGCAAGGAUGCGGAGCUGGCAGGCUGCUCAGCGCGCGGUAUCCGCCACGCUUCCAUCCCGACCAAGCUGCGCCUGACGUACUUUCAGGACAAGUACCUGCGGCUCGAGCUGCAGUAUAAGAACGAGGACGAAUGGCAGACGUGCUUCGACGUGGCCCGCCCGCCGCAGCUGCCCAACAUUGCGUACCUCGGUUUCAGCGCCGAAACGGGUGAGCUCAGCGACAAUCAUGACAUUGUCUCGGUCAAGACGUACAACCUGUACGCCAAUCCCGGUCCGCCGGCCACCCCGCAGAACACCGCCAACAACCGUGGUACCCGUAAUGCGUCUAGUGGCUCGCAGAGCGGCGGAUCGUGGACCUGGUUCUUUACCAAGGUGAUUUUCUUCUUUAUUGCCGUCGCUGGUGCGUAUGUCGGCUUCACUGCCUACCGUGCCAAGUUCCGCAGCCAUCGUUUCUAG